AUGGCAACCGACACACCAACUCCAUCCUAUCAAGAGCUCGCUGCGCAAAAGCGCGAGCGCCAGCUCGAUCUGAUCCCUCCCGAGUGGCGCUUGGAACCAGUUCCCUCGGUAGACUCCGCACCCAACGCCCUGGUGUAUAUUCGUCAGAUACUCAGUCCUACCGAGCUUGCACUUACGGAGGAAAUUGACAUCACGGUCUUACUGCGCAAGCUUUCUUCCGGAGAACUUUCAUCUCUCGAGCUCACGCAGGCAUUCGCUAAGCGCGCAGCGCUGGCACAUCAAUUAACGACAUGUUGCACGGAAAUAUUUUUUGAUGAGGCUUUCGCAGUAGCCAAGCAGAUGGAUGAACAUCUCGCUAAUACAGGGAAGACCAUGGGCCCUCUACACGGACUCCCGGUCUCAAUUAAAGAUCUGUUCUCCGUCAAGGGCGUGGAUACAUCCAUCGGAUGGGUCGGGCUCACAAAUAACCCAGCCCAAAACGAUAAGUCUGUCGCCAGAACACUUCGCCGACUAGGUGCUGUUCUCUACGUGAAGACCAAUUUACCCCAAUCAAUGAUGAUGUCGGACUCAUACAACCAUGUCUGGGGCCAAUGCGUUAACCCUUUCAAUCGGAAUUUGAUCUCGGGUGGUAGUUCCGGGGGUGAGGGAUCUAUUGUUGCGGCUAGGGGAAGUCCACUUGGUAUCGGUACCGAUCUUGGCGGAUCGAUUCGUAUUCCUGCUGGUCUUUGUGGACUAUAUGGACUUUCGCCUAGCCCGGGGAGACAUCCUUAUGAGAGGGGAAAUCCCGGUCAGGAUAUUGUUCGCUCGGUCGCUGGGCCGAUGAGUGUCAGCCUUGCCACUAUUGAGCGGUAUAUGGAAGCUGUUCCGUAUGCUUCGCCUUGGGAGUUGGAUCAGCAUGUUGCUCCUGUGCCGUGGAGGAGGAGUCUUGCUUCGCUGCGGCCUAAGCGGUUAAAGAUCGGGUUUCUAGUUGAUGAUGGUGUUGUUAAAUGCCAACCUCCUGCUGAACGUAGUGUUCGGGAUGUUAUUGAAGCUUUGAAAGCGGCUGGACACGAGGUGUUCGAAUGGGACGCCUCAUCUCAUGCAUAUGCAUACGAGCUAUGGGAAAAAGCUAUCCUCUCUGAUGGUGGUGAAGGAUGCCGUCGGAUGAUUGAGAUGACAGGUGAACCUCUGAUUGAGGGUAUGCUUGUCGGGAAAGAGCACAACAUCUUGACGACUUCGGAAACACACCAGCUGAACGCCGCCAAAUAUAAAUACGAAACUUCGUACCUCGAGCGCUGGAUCUCAUCUGGCAUUGAUGCUUUGAUCAUGCCCAAUGCGCCUUGGGUCGGAUAUAAGCCCUGGACCUGGGUUAAGUCUAACAACUAUGUUGGAUACACUAGUAUCUGGAACUUAGUCGGAUACGCAGCUUUGACCGUUCCUGUUACUACAGUCUCUAGAGACAAGGAUGUGCCGAGUCAGGACUGGCUGGAUCAUGUCCCUAGGAAUCCAGGUGACAAGUUCAACAAGGAACAAUAUGAUAUUGACCUGGUUGAUGGUAUGCCGGUCGGUGUGCAGGUUGUAGGAGGCAGAUUCGGAGAGGAGAAAUGCGUUGCUGUAGCUAAAGCGAUAGAGCAGGCGAUGAGGUGGAAGGAUCUAGCUCGGCCGAGUCUUUGA